AUGACUGAAUAAAAAGUAAUUUCUAUCUUUGAUUUUGGAAAAACCAGGAAUAAAUUUUGGUAAACUUGUGAUAAAUCUGUGUUGGAUGUAACUAAUAUCAUUUAAUAUCAAGUCCCAAACAUUUUUAAUUGAAUAAGAAUUUUUGACUGCAGGCAAAGCUAUUGUCAAACCCAUCUUUAUUGUACUUGGAUUAGAAUACAUAUAUAAAGUAACUGUUGAUAAAUUAAAAUGUGCACCUCUCAUUACUACACAUUUGACUUACAUUGAACCAGGAUCUGAUCAUUUAGUUUAAUUAAAUUCUGAUGAACAACAGUAUGGAUUCAGAUUGCAAUAUUAAACUAAAACUUUGGAGAUUUUUCUAUCUGAUAAGUCUCGUUAUGAUUAAUGGAGAAUCCAUCUUAGAAAAGCUUGUUUAUUGGAGAAUUUCCAUGAAGCUUAUAUGGUUUCUAAAUUAAUUGGAAAGGGGAGUUUUGCAAAAGUUUAUCUUGCCACCAGAAAAGAGAAUAAUAUUUAAUAUGCUGUAAAAGCUUUUAGCAAAACUUUUAUGUUACAAUAACACAAAGGAAUUGAAAGUCUUUUAAAUGAAAUGAAAGUGAUGAGAAAAUUUAAUCAUCCAAAUAUUCUUAAAUUACAUGAAGUACAUGAAACAGCUAAUUCUGUUUAUUUUGUAGUUGAUAUUGUAGCAGGAGGAGAAUUACUUUAAAGAGUGAGAGAAACAGGUAUUAUUAAAUAUUAAUAUUUUGUAGGAUUUUUACCUGCUGAAACAUUAUAGAGAUUAGCUUAUAAUUUAUUAUCAGCAUUAAAUCAUAUGCAUUAAUUUAAUAUAGCUCAUAGAGAUCUUAAACCUGAAAAUCUAUUAUUGAAAUCUUAUGAAAAUAAUUAUGAAAUUGUAUUAGCUGAUUUUGGAUUGGCAGCAUUAUUAUAGGAUAAUAAUAUUUUAUUUAAAAGAUGUGGUACUCCUGGAUUUGUUGCUCCUGAAAUAUUAGAUUAUAUUGAUGGAUAAUAAAUUUAUGAUGAAAAAUGUGAUGUUUUUAGUGCUGGAAUCAUCUUGUAUAUUCUAAUAGUAAAUUAUUUAUUAAUAUUAGACUGGUGAUUAACCAUUUACAGGUAAAGAUUAAAAAGCUAUUUUGAAAGCCAAUAAAGAUUGUAUUAUUAAUUUUGAUGAUUCCUUAUUUAAAUCUGCACCAAUAUAAAUGUAGGAUUUAAUACGAUCAAUGUUGUUGAAAAAGAACUAGGAUAGAUUGAGUUCAACUGAAGUAAAAAUUAACAAAUAUUAUAUAAGUGUUUAAGACAUCCAUAUUUUAAAGAAUUAGCUAAAGAACAAUAAGUAAAAUAAGAAAAAUAUUAACAAAAUUUGAAUGAUUAUAAUUAGUAUUACAAGAAUAAUGUGAAAAUGGGAUCAAUAGAUCUCAAUUUAGAAUAAAGAUAACCAGCUUUUACAGGAAAUUUAAAUUCUAUUGAAUCAAUUUCAUGUGUUUCUAAUAAUUCAUUUGCAAAAAUUGAAAUGAAACCUCCUUCUGUAAUUGGUGCAUCAAAAUUUAGUUAAUAUAGUUGUAAAUUGAAUAGAUUAGGUUCUAGAGAUAUAUCUGGUAAUUAAUUUUAUUUCAUUUAUUAGAUAUACCAACAACAUAAUUACAGAAAACAGAAUCUAAAAAGCAUAUUGAUUUACAUAGAAUUGCUAUUCAAAAUUCACAUAGAAAAUAGAUUUAAGAUUAAUUUGAGGAUUAGCCUAUAUAAAAUGAAGGUUCAGGAAUCAAUGAGAUGGCAAGAAUGUACAAUUCAACAAGACAAAUUCGAAUUCCUGAAAAUUUAUAAACUGUUUCCUAACCUAGUAAAUUAGCAUCUACUCCAACUAAUAGAAACAAAAAGAUUUCUUGA